GAUGUAUAUUAAAGAAAGUGUUUGUUUGUUUUUUUGUAGGGGGAACCUAAAGUGGAGAACAUCUAUGAGCCAAAAAUUGUGCUUUAUGAAAAGCCAUAUUUCACUGGCAAAACCAGAGAAAUCUACACCAGCAUGAGAGAUUUCCUGUCAAGAGUGGACAAGCAACAAUCAUUGUUUAUGUUCAGUGCAGGAUCCCUUAAAGUUGUUGGAGGCUGCUGGGUGGGCUAUGAGAAGGAGGGUUUCCGGGGUUACCAGUAUCUUCUGGAGGAAGGAGAGUACCAUGACUGGCGGGUUUGGGGAGGAGUGAACUCAGAGCUGCGCUCGGUCCGAGUCAUCCAAGCUGACCUGUCUGAGCCCCUGCUGAUGUUAUAUGGGAUGCCUGAAGAGGAGAAAGCGGAUAGCGAAGAGCCCACGUUUGAGGUGACAGAAGCUGUCGCAGACGUGGAGCUGUUCGGGUUCGGCAUCAACACCCGCUCCAUCCACGUGCUGAGUGGAGUAUGGGUGGGCUACUCUCAUGUGGAUUUCUCAGGUAACCAGUACAUCUUGGAGAAAGGCUUCUACAACAGCUGUGGAGACUGGGGCUCUGAAGACAACCGCAUCUGCUCCUUACAGCCCAUCCUCACAGCACCUAGGGACGGACCUAUCUUCAGAAAUGAGGUGCUGCUCUACUCAGAGACUGAUUUCCAGGGCAAAUGUAGGGUGUGCCAUCAGAACCAAGGCUCUUUGCCUGAAAGUCUCACUGUCAAAUCCUGCAGGGUGGUGGGAGGAAGUUGGGUGCUAUAUGGAGAAGAGAUGUUCACAGGAGACAUGUAUGUUUUGUCUGAAGGAGAUUAUCCCAACCUGACCAGCAUGGGCAUCCCAACUGACUCCAGCAUUCGCUCAGUCAGAGCAGUUCCAAUGACCUUUUCAGUGCCCUCAAUCUCACUCUUUGGACUAGAGUGCUUUGAAGGUCGUGAGGUCACUAUUGACACACAGAUGACCAAUAUGUUGGAGGAAGGAUUUAAUACACAAUUCCUCUCUGUCAGGGUCAACAGUGGUUGCUGGGUGUUAUGUGAAUACAGUAACUACAGAGGGCGCCAGUUCCUUUUGGAGCCCAUUGAAAUCACAAACUGGAAUAAAUUCAGCUCUAUUUCCUGUGUCGGCUCCUUGUAUCCAGUCAGACAAAAACAAAGACUGUUCCGCAUUAAAAAUAAAGAGACGGGCAACUACAUAUCAGUGCAGGGUGGUGUUGAGGACAUGAAGACGGGCCGCGUGGUCGUCACAGAGCAGGUGGAGGGAAUGAGUGAUAUUUGGCUUUACCAGGACGGGCUCAUCAAAAACAAGCUGGCUCGAACCAUGAGUCUGCAAGUGAUGGGUAAUGUCGAGUCAGGUGCAAAGGUGGUGCUGUGGACUGAAACACGUGUUCCAGUGCAAACGUGGAGCGCUCAGGUCAGCGGUACAAUCUCCAGCGUCACAUUUCCUGGAAUGGUGCUGGAUAUCAAGGGGGGUAAAACGUAUGACAAACAGCAUUUAGUGAUUCGAGAAGAGAAUGAGGAACACGCCACCCAACAGUGGGAGCUGGAAUUUGUGUAAUCCUGCCCUAUUUUUUUCCUAAUCUGACUUCCUCCUUCUUCUGACUCCACCCACUUAUCUUGCCCCAACAAUACAAACACUGUCUGUGAUCUGAUAUAGGACACUAUGAGGGCACAGUGAGUCAUUCUUACAUACAAUCAGAAGAUGCUGGGCAAGAAAACUUUCUCCUGUCAGUUGAGACUGUAUAAUAGGUAAAAUGGAUCAUAGGUAAUGUGUUACCAUUUAUAAAUGAAAGAUAACCCCAGGUCAAAUAUCAUUCGACAUGCUAGUGUUCUUGAAAUAUAAAGCUCUUGGCUGUGAUGUGUCUUAUUUCCACAUAGUUUGAAUAGAACAUAUUGCCUACAGGUCAUUUACACACCGAUGAUGGUGCUGGUGGUUAAGUCACUUCAAAGUUUUUUCUUUCAAUUUCCCUGUGCGGCACAUGAGAAUGUCGUCAUUGUAUAUCAAUCCAGCAGCUUUAAUUUCUGCUCAUUUUAUUUGUUUACGAGCUAAUGUUAUUUUUCUUAACAUUUACUUGACAUUGGGUAUAUUCUGGUAUGUAUGCUUUAAUAUCAAUGUCUAUGAUUCGUUUAUAGUCACUGCAAAUGCUACUGGAGUGAAUCCCGGCAGAUUUCGGUCUGUCCUGUUGUUUUUAUUACCAAAAAGUGUGAUUAAGUCAAAGUCGAUAUAAAGUCGCCAUGUUUUUGGAAGCUUUAUUAUGUAUAAAUGUUAUUUUUAAAAUACAUUUGAAAUAUAUAACAGGGAGUGGCUUUAAUUUUGUAAUAAAACUAUGUAAAAAAAAAAAUCAUGUGGGAAUGUAUCAUUUUUUGACUUAAAUGUGGAAUAUUGAUGUUUUAGUAGCGCUGUCAAGUGA